CUGGCAGCAAGCAAAUGGAGCAUUGACCUAUGACUACUCAGUACUCCUCCCAAAAACCCCAAACUAAUGCGCGCGAAUUUAGAAAUAUUUCAUUUCCGCUUUUUCUAUUAAUUUCCAAUAAUUCAUCCCGCCAAUAAAUUCCCUCGCAUCUUUUUCCCCCAAUCUUCCAUAUAACACAACACACCCCUCUCUCCACUCUCCCGCUCCCCUUUCAAAACCCUAAUCCCCUCUUCAAACCCUAGCUCCACGAAACCCUAAUUUUCCCGCCAAAAUGUUGGAGCUCCGUCUAGUCCAGGGCAGUCUGCUGAAGAAGGUGAUGGAUUCGAUCAAGGAUCUCGUCAACGACGCCAACUUCGACUGCUCGGCCACGGGGUUCUCGCUGCAAGCCAUGGACUCCAGCCACGUGGCGCUCGUCGCGCUGCUGCUCAGAUCGGAGGGCUUCGAGCACUACCGGUGCGAUAGGAACAUAUCCAUGGGGAUGAAUCUGGGCAACAUGGCCAAGAUGUUGAAGUGUGCUGGGAAUGAUGAUAUCAUCACUAUUAAAGCUGAUGAUGGCAGUGAUACGGUUACCUUUAUGUUUGAAUCUCCCACACAAGAUAAGAUUGCCGACUUUGAAAUGAAACUCAUGGACAUUGAUAGUGAGCAUCUUGGUAUACCAGAGGCGGAAUACCAUGCUAUAGUUCGAAUGCCCUCCGCUGAGUUUGCUAGGAUCUGUAAAGAUCUUAGUAGCAUUGGUGAUACAGUUGUUAUAUCUGUGACCAAAGAAGGUGUCAAGUUCUCAACAAGAGGUGAUAUUGGAACUGCAAAUAUUGUGUGCAGGCAGAAUACUACAGUAGACAAGCCAGAGGAGGCCACUGUGAUAGAGAUGAAUGAACCAGUUUCAUUGACAUUUGCAUUGAGGUACAUGAAUUCCUUUACAAAGGCAAGCCCCUUGUCAAGCACUGUUACCAUUAGCUUAUCUUCUGAGCUUCCUGUUGUGGUUGAGUAUAAGAUUGCUGAAAUGGGUUACAUACGGUUCUACUUGGCUCCCAAAAUUGAAGAGGAAGAAGACGAAAGCAAGCCUUGAAAUGUUACAAGUGCAAAAAUAUUGCCAUUUUAUGACUAGGUGUUUGUGUAUGCUGAAGUGCAAACUAUGUGUUAUUUCACACAGUUUUGCUUAGUUUAAUGUAGUUCAUCUAAAACUAGUAUAUCUUCUUUGGUUAUGUAUUUUAAACUUUACAAGUGCAGACAUGAAGGAUGGGUUUCCUACUUUGCGUUCUCUGUUUUCUAGUCAUUUGUUUUGUUUUUGA